UAUGGCUACUUGAACAGGUCAUAAUUCUAGGCGGGUUAAUUUUAUGGCGUCACGCUAGUUUAAGCAUAAAGCUUAUGUUACCUACAUGCCCACAUAGAUCUAGUACCUCUAAUUUACUUGCGUUUUUGUGAGUUGGAUAUUUAACAGAUUUUCUCCACUGUGAAAUCUAAAAAGAACAUACUGUACUUACCUACUUCUGCAAACAUACUAAGCUGAAAAUGGAUGAAACUAACUGCCUAAGCUCAUGGCAUUCUUUUUAUAGCACAUUCCAAAACUCAAAAAUUUACUUCUCUCAAGAUGGAACUGGAAAUGAAAUAGCUUUAAGGAAUGCAGGGACGUCAUUACUAUUUGAUACUGGUGGAGACUUUGCUAAAGAGCUAUUUAAGAACUGUGGGCUAUUAGGAGGUGACAUUGUUAAAUUAAACUACAUACUUUGGAAGCUGGAAGAGGCAUCACUUCCAAAAGUUAUUGUUAUGUAUGAGCGAUACAAGUCAGCUGAGCGGUCAUUUGACAUAAUGAAUGCUAUAUCCGAAGUUAACUUGCAGCAAGUGGAGACUCUUCCGGGAGCUGCUUUAGACAAUGAAGACGGAAUUACUAUUAAAAUAGAGCAUGAUGAUUAUAAUGGAUUCCAACCCCAGAAAAAUGUUUCUUUGAAAGAUAAGGAUUUAAAAAAGAGCAAGGAUGCCUCAUCAGCUAUGGGAAAUAAAAAAGCUGAAGUAACACCAGGAAAAGGUAACAAUGCCACAGCUGACAAUGCUCUAUAUACCCCUCCGAAUCAGAUAAUGAAAAGCACACCAAGUUCUGCGAGAAAAAGCUCACGCAGUGUGAAGAUAACUCCUAAGUUUCUUGACAUCAGCAGCAUAUUGAUGAAAUCUAUUAAACCGGAAAAUGUUGAUGAGACAGAGUUAGAGCCUGUUUCUUUGAUUGAUGUUAAAUUUGAGGAAGAUGCAGGAAAUAACGAGGGCCAUGCCAUCUAUCCCCAACCAUCCCUGAUGUGUGCCACUUGUGGGGAUGCUACUUCAGAGACACCAUACGACCUCAAAUCUCAUUGGUUGUCUCAUGAAGGAAAUGUAGAAGGAAAAGAAAUGAGGCCAUUCAUGUGUGAUGUUUGCUUUGAGAGUUUCAGCAACCUGCUAGGGUUGAGGUUGCAUUAUCGUAGGCACACAGGUGAAAAGCAGUUCAAAUGUUCAGAGUGUGGGAAACGAUUUCUCCACCCUCAUGCCUUGAGCAAGCACAAAAUCAAACGAGGCCAUAACAAGGUUGACAAGUACCACUGCGACAUGUGCGGGAGGGUGUUGACUGACAGGAGCAGCUUGGAGAAGCACCUGCGGCAUCAUGUGGCAGACAGAGAAAGCUGCUCAUUGUGCCACAAGUCCUUUGCCAGUGUCCGCAACCUGAGGGCUCAUCUGAAGCUACAUUCUAACGAUAGACCUUACAAAUGUCCACACUGUCCCAAAGCGUUUGUAAGUGACCACAACCUUAAGAGUCAUCAAUCAAUACACACAGGAGAAAGGAAUCACUGUUGUCCAUUUUGUGGCAAACGUUAUAGACUUAGAACAGGGCUAGAAUACCACAUCAAGUCACAUACUCCAGACGCUCAGUUCAAGUGUGAGAAGUGUCCAAAGACAUUUAUAGACAGCCGUCAGCUAGAGAAACAUAUGGAUAGGCACAGAGGAAUCAAAUUUUUCUUCUGCGAUGUUUGUGGAAAAGGAUUUCUUAGAGAGCAAGGAUUUAUUAACCACAAGAAAAUUCAUGAGAAAACGAGGAAUUAUGAAUGUGAGGUCUGCAGCAAGCAGUUCUUGACCAAGGCUGUUCUGAUGGCUCAUCAGACUAUCCAUACUGGUGAGAGGCCCCAUGUCUGUCAUGUGUGUGGGAAAGCCUUCAGGCUCCCGCAAGGGUUGCUCAAUCACAAAAAGCGGCACAACCCUGGCAAGAUGUACAAGUGUGAGCUGUGCCCCAAGAUGUAUUUAGAGAAGAGAGGGCUAGAUUCCCACAUGCUGUCUCACGAGGGCAUUAAACCAUUCAACUGCUCUCAGUGUGGAAAGUUUUUCCUUAGGGAGCAAAGCUUGAAUAAGCAUAUGACCCUGCAUGACCGACCUGAAGCACACAGGUGUGAGGUGUGUCACAAGUCAUUUGUUGACAAAUGGGGUCUUAUAAAGCACAGCUCUGUGCACACUGGUGAAAAACCACAUGUGUGCGGUGUAUGUGGCAAAGGUUUUCGGUUAAAGAAAGGAUUGGAUGAUCACAGUAAGCUCCAUGAUAAAAGUCUUCAGUACAAGUGCGCUAUUUGUCCAAAGACUUUUGUGGAGAAAAGAGGCUUAGAUUAUCACAUGCGCGCUCACAGAGGUGAAAAGAGUUAUGUUUGUGAGCUGUGUGGUGGUCGGUUUGUCAACCCUAACUCAUUAAAAGUUCAUUAUCGCCGCCAUACUGGCGAGAAGCCAUACAAAUGCUCUUUCUGUCCUAAAGCUUUUAGUCAGCAAGGGACCCUCAUUGCCCAUGAGCGGUACCAUAAGGGAGAUAAGCCGUACGGCUGUGGCACUUGCGGUGAAGGAUUCACCACCAAGAGUCACCUCACCAUACAUGUCCGCAAGCAUACCAAUGACCGUCCGUAUAAGUGUGAGUACUGCGAGUAUGCUGCCACUACCCGCAGUAUGCUAAAUGUCCACCUGCUUCGUCAUUCAAGCAAUAAACCAUACAAAUGCCCUGUAUGUCCGUCAGCUUUCAAGAGACAGCACCACCUUGAGGGCCAUCUUCGUAAGCAUACAGAUGGUGAUAAGUUGUUCAGGUGCUCUUUCUGUGAGACAACAUGCAUAACGGAGGAGCGCUUGAAGAAACACAUGAGGACUCAUGAGAUAGUUGUUGUGUCAACUGCAACUGAAGACGACAUGUUCCAUGUUAGCAACACAAAUAGAAGUGAGGGCCCAGUUGAGGUUGCUUACGAUAUAAUUCUGCUCUGAGUAACUAGUUAAAAAAGUUGUGUUUUAAAAAAGUUUCUUCUGAUUUUACAUUGACAGGAAAUUAAUCUACUUAGAUUAUUAUACUUAUGAAAAUAUGGGCAGGAUGCAAUCAAAGCUAAUAUUUGCUAGCUUGGCUCUAACCCACAGAUAAAGCCUGAUUUCUUCCUUAUCAUUUACACUACCGAUUAGUGCAGUUUGGGAAAUACUUGUAUAUGAUUCUGUAGGCUAUUAAGUUUUAUUCAGACAGCAGUCUUGUAAGAAAGAAAAUUUGUUUGGGUACUAUUAUUAGUAUAGAAUGGACUAACUGCAACCAUCUGUUUAGCAGAUAUUUAUACCUAUCUAAGUUGUUUCUUGAAUUUCUGAUUGCAUUUUUUAAAAUAUUUUGUUGCUGUAAUUUAAAUUUCUUAUGUUUAAUAUGAACUCUGAAUUGUAAACAUUAGAAUUACAAUUGUUAUUUUACAUUAUACUAUGAUUUUUCUGUAGUUAUGCCUGUUAAAUAAUAUUUCCUGCCUUAUUCUCUACACGAUUUGUAAAUAGACAAGUAAUUAUAUAGGCUUUUAUUUUAGAAAUGUAACAACAGUACAGUUUAAUAUUUUGCCAUGAUUUAAAUCUGUAAAUAGAUUUAGGUGUUGCCAUCAAACGAUGUAGGCUAUUUCUUCAUAUGUUGAGUUAAUUAAUACCUUAUUGUAAAUUCAGACAAUGCACUAACAAAAUUGUCAGCAGUUAGUUUGCUUUGCCAGACACCAUGUAAAUAUUAUUUUUUUCUUUUACCUUGUAGCCUGUGGUCAUUGGUAUACAGUUAUUUUAAUUUCUUUAUGCUUAUCAGUUUCAUGCACCUUUAUUUAAAUAUAUGAUGCAAGUAUUAUUGAAAAACUUUUUUUUGUUUCCCUGUUAUGUACUUGUGUUCAGCUCUUGAUGAAAUAUUCUGUUCAUAGUUGUAAGAACAUAUUUUUCCAAACACUUCUUGCACGAGUACGGUAAUACUUUUAUUUUAUCGCUUUUUUUUCAAUUUCAUUAACACAUUUUUUAAAGUAAAAAAUCUUAAUACAUACCAUUUGAAAAAAGUUACUAAAGAAAAAUGUUAUCCAUGUAACACACUUGGGUGAAUGUAUGUAUAUAUCAAUUCAUUUAUUCGUUCAAUAAAGAUUUGCUACAACCCAUUUCCUUGCGUCAUUAAUACUAUAAUAGAUUGUCAGAUUCAAUCAAUAGCAAACAAUACACAUUUUUGUCAUUGUUCUGUAUGAGCUGGU